UGAUCGCAAGCCUCACGCGACAUUGAGCCCAACCAUGGCUUCUUCCCUCAUUAUCGGACUUCCUAAAAUCUAUGCCAAUCGCGGUCGCAAGUGUGUGCCUCCGACCAAUGACUUCCUGCUUGGCACCUGGCAUGUUACACACUCCAGUCUGCCGCUUUGGAAGGGCAAGUGCAAUGUCAACAUCACUUAUCAGUUGCUUCCGCCCGAUUCCUCUGGCAUGGUGAAGAUUGACGACCUAGUCCGAUAUCAAGUCAUUGGGUCAACAAAGAUCAAAUCGGUUCAUGGGGUAGACACCCCAACUCCGGGGAACCAAGGGGCCUGGGACUGGCGCGGCAGGGGUUGGCUGAUGAUAGCAAGCUCGCACUGGGAAUGCCUCGGCUUUGGUCAGACACUGGAAGUAGACAAUCAAUGGAUGGUCACCUACUUUGCCAAAACUAUCUUCACUCCGGCCGGCAUUGACAUCUAUUCUCGCAAUAAGGAAGGACUUCCCUCCACCAUGAUCGACGAGAUUCUCCAUAGCCUCAGAAGUCUUGGUGUUGAGGAGAUCACCGAGCUCGCCAGCAUGAUCUUCCCAAUUCCGCAGAUAUAGAUUGGAAACAAUUGGGGAAGCAGAAUGAACAAUGUCACCCUAAAAAUUGACGUGUUCGGGCUGUCAACUAGUGUACUCCGUCCACAGUCACAUUGGUGGGGUUCAGGUUCGCGAAUUGCAUCAACAGAACCGCGACCAGGAUUGAGAGAGCGAUCUUGAAGGUCAACAGUGGAGUGGAUGGAGAAGUGGCCUGUUCCUUGCAGCUAUUGGGAAAGAAUCGGACGAGGAAAGGAUCAUCGGAUUCACGGGCGGGGUUUCAACCUCCAC